CGUAUGCAGUUCAGUGCAGAAAUGCAAGGGUGAUCACUGAUUCCGUGAAUAGAUAGACUCUAGUGACAUGUGCUAAUGUUUAUUCAAGUUUUCAAAAUUAAAUCGCCAUCUGUAUUUUGUCUAUUAAUUUUGUACAUUACAUAAAAAAAAAGUUGUGCUCAUUUGUGUUGUGUCACUAUACUAGUGGCCUGUGCCGGCGUCGCUUGGGUAAAACCGAUGUGACGUCAUUGCAUCGCGUAGGUACAUUUACCUACCUACUCCGGUAUGCAAGCGAUGCGUUUCUUAGUAUAGCUUAUAGCCUAACCAGUAGUCAUUGAUCCGUGGCACUGUUAACCCGUAUAUCGCGUUAUUUGUGAACAUAAUGUUACUUUAGUAAACAAUAUAUAUGUGCUGAUUAAUAAUUGCUACGGGAUUUCGAUGCAUUUUUAACACGAUAUUGUGACUUAUUCUACUAGUAGUGUAAAUUAUAACGCAAACGUGUAUAAAUAAAUAUGACUACAUCGAAUAAUAGUGGUAUAUUAAAGACGAAGAACACGAAGAAGCGAUACUCGGUGAUAUCUGGAAGGAGCGACUUUUGGUCGUCAUCAGACGAGGACGAGGCCGUGCAGCCCCAUGAGAAAGCUAUCGCGGCCGGCCAGGCCAAUCCCCCCUACUGCGUCAGGAAUAUAGAGCAACACGCCUUCGGGAGACGGGAGAUUGAGAUAGCUGAGCAGGAGAUGCCGGGGAUUAUGGCCUUGAGAGCUAGAGCUAAGGAGGACAAGCCUUUGAAGGAUGCUAAGAUUGUAGGUUGCACACACAUUAACGCCCAGACUGCGGUCCUGAUAGAGACGCUAGCAGCUUUAGGAGCCACAGUGCGCUGGGCAGCUUGCAACAUAUACAGCACGCAGAACGAAGUAGCUGCGGCAUUAGCUCAUGCUGGCUACGCAAUCUUCGCAUGGCGCGGUGAGAGCGAGGAAGCGUUCUGGUGGUGUAUAGACCAAUGCUGUACCCCCACAGCCUCAUGGCAGCCGAACAUGAUUCUGGAUGAUGGGGGAGACGCUACGCAUCUUAUGCUCAAGAAACACGCGCAAGCAUUCAAGCAUAUUAAAGGUAUAGUAGAAGAAAGUGUGACAGGUGUGCACAGACUAUACCAACUGAGCAAGGCUGGCAAACUUUGUGUGCCAGCCAUGAACGUCAAUGAUUCUGUUACGAAGACUAAGUUUGAUAACCUUUACUCUUGUCGGGAAAGCAUUAUUGACGCAUUAAAAAGAAGCACAGACUUAAUGUUCGGCGGGAAACAGUCUGUCGUCUGCGGGUACGGGGAAGUCGGGAAAGGGUGCUGUCAAGCGCUCAAGGCAUUAGGAUGUGUUGUUUAUGUCACAGAAAUUGAUCCGAUAUGCGCCUUACAAGCUGCCAUGGAUGGCUUUAGAGUUGUCAAAUUGAAUGAGGUAAUAAGACAAGUGGACAUAGUCAUAACAGCUACCGGGAAUAAAGGUGUGGUCACACGGGAACACAUGGAGCGGAUGAAGAACGGGGGAGUGGUGUGUAACAUGGGACACAGCAACACCGAGGUGGAUGUUCAUGCUUUGCGGACGCCGGAUUUAUUAUGGGAAAGAGUUAGAAGCCAGGUGGACCACAUAAUAUGGCCAAACGGGAAGCGUAUAGUUCUCCUGGCGGAGGGCCGCCUCGCCAACUUAUGCUGCUCAUCGUUGCCCUCGUUCGUAGUCUCCGUGACAGCCGCUACGCAGGCUUUAGCGCUAAUAGAGCUGUAUAACGCUCCCCAGCAAAGAUACAAGGCGGACGUGUAUCUGCUACCGAAGAAAAUGGACGAAUACGUAGCUAGUCUACAUUUACCAACAUUUGACGCUCACUUAACAGAAUUAACAGACGAACAAGCGAAAUAUUUAGGCUUGAACAAAGUAGGCCCGUUCAAACCUAAUUAUUAUAGGUACUAGCAUAAAAUGAAUUGUGCGAAUAAUAUAACACACGUAGGUCGUAAUAGUAAAAACGCCAAGAUAAUUUGGGGAACGCCAUUUAAAAUAGAUUAGAUGAAAAUUGAAGUUAGUACAGUCCACAGCACACCAAUUGUUGUUGUUCGUUGCCCUGAAUAAACGCUAAUAGCGGCGAGUUUGCAAUGAAUGUGUGUAGCUUGAUGCGCUGUUCACUGUACGCCAAUUAAAUUCAAAGCCGAUACAUACAUUGCCGGUUUCACGUUGCGGUAUAUAAAAAGCUCUCAUACAAACUACGUUAUAUGAAUUCGCGUUGGCCUUGAGGUUACGAACUCAAUUACAAUAUGAGGUUCAAUUGACAAAAAUGUUGGCGAAAAAGAUUUGACUUUGUUUUUCUUUCGAUGGAGGGAGCUACAAUCUAUACAUAUAAUAAACGUAAUUAAGCAGUACCUAUUCUUUUUAUGAAUAAUGUGGUAAGAAAAAUUGCAGUUUGUUUCAUUGGCGUAACUCCCAACCGAAAAUUGAGCUUACCCGUGGCGUAACACUAAAAAUACCAUGUGUAUUAUUAUGUCGCGCUCAGCUUUCAACGCUUUUCGUUAAGAAGAGUAGGCUUCGAGUGACUGGAUAAAGUAUCUUACGUUCAUACAGGGUGUUAUAAAAUACCAAUAUAGUAUUUAGUUGUGCGCUGGCAACACUGCGAGACUAGCGCCGCCACGCGGCAAUGCGAUGGAACUGCGCGCGUGUCAACGUCAAAAUUGACAGGUGUCACUGAAAAGGCGGUAAUGGAAAUUUGUUUUGUGAUAUAAAAUAGGUAGGUAUAGGUACUAAAUGGAUUUGAUAAACAUGUCACCUUAAUUUUGAAAACAAUAAUGAAAUGAAAUAAUGCGGGAAUUGAAACCACGCACCUGUCAUUGGGAUAGUACUCUUAAUAACUUGACGACCUCGGUGGCGCUGUUGUAAAGUGCUUGCCCCUGAACCGAGAGGUCUCGGGUUCGAUCCCCGGUCGGGUCAUGGAUGGAAAAUGAUCUUUUCUGAUUGGCUCGGGUCUUGGAUGUUUAUCUAUAUAUGUAUUUGUUAUAAAAUAUGGUAUCGUUGAGUUAGUAUCCCAUAACACAAGUCUCGAACUUACUUUGGGGCUAGCUUAAUCUGUGUGAGUUGUGCUAAUAUUUAUUUAUUUAAUAACUGAGUACGGCCGAAUUAUUAUAUUUAAAGUCGUAAUAAUUUACGGUACUCUGGCCAGAUCUUUUUUGCGAAUUUUCAUGUUAAUAUAAACAUUUCUAAAAUGAGUGCUCGUAAGGUUUGUGUUCUUUGACUUCAAAUUACACUAUAAGUCUUGAAACUUUGCGUAAUGGAUCUAUACAAUGUACCUAGGUAACUUAUGCAUAUAGGUUAUGUAUAUGUUAUAACACCCUGUAUAAUUGAGCAAUUUUAUGCAUGAUGUCCUUUGAAAUAUUAGCCUUAUAAUUUCUACUACACAAAGCGGUGGUGGUUCAGUGGUUAAAACGUGCUAGGUUCGAAUUCAACGCGUGCCGCAUGAGUUUGUAUACCAAUCUGACUCAUGUAUAGAAGUUUUCAUCGACCACCACUUGCUUCCGGUGAAGGAAAACAUCGUGAGGAAACCUGCACCUAAUGGAGGUAACUAAACUCACAUUUUAGGACACAUGCAUGUAUAUUGCCAAGUUAAUUAUAUUGUUUGUGUCAUUGUACAAUUAUUUGUAUCGCCCACCAAUUAAAUUAAAAAGUAGACAACACUCAACGGCCCACACUAAGCUUGUAUACACAAACGAUCCGAAACGAACAAGAUUUGGCUAAGAUUUUACAACUGGCCGGACGUCAACGGGCGUUGCUCAAAGCGUUUUCACCGCUGCGGCCGCGCAUUCAUUACGAUCCGUCAAUUUCCUUGAGCAAGGCAAUCAUUUCCAAAAUCAAUCAUUUAUAAAAUUGACAUUACCACAGUAAAGAUUAUUUUAUUUGUCAGAAAAAUUAACUUGUAACGACAGCGCGGCCGCAGCUGUCGAAACGCUCUGAGAAAAAUCCGUGUUACGUGUACUUGACGUUAAGAAUAUCGAAUAUAUUUUUCAGAAACAUUGUAUUUGAUGAUUCUAAUAACAUUUUUAGGGACGAAUGUACAUUUUAACUUAGACAGAAGGAAUAGCUGUAUUAUGUAUAGCUUGCCUUAAGAAAAUCUCUUUCAUAACUUUUUUUAUAUUAUUGACGUGACAACGUCUUAAAUUAGGUUGCGGCUGGGAGUCACUUAUGAAAAAGUGUAACGCCCGGUAACAUUACGAUGAGUCACCGAACGAGAGAGAGGCCCGCCGAAUGCCUUGCGUCUCUCUCCCACUCAACUAUGAUCGGUCUGCCGCGCGCGUAAAAAGACGUUGUCACGUAAAAUCUUCGCCCGUAAAACCGACUUUACAGGCAACCAUUUUUUAACUACUUACCUACUUCUCUGUUUGCGUGUAAGCGGUUUCGGAGCUGCGAAACACGGGGUCAGCGUAAAAAUUAACACAAAAUGUACCUAAAGGCCGGCCGCUUGCCUGACGUCAACCCUCCUUGAGAAUGCUAUUGUUGAGUAUCAGCUGCUAAGGCUGUGUCCCUUCGCCACAAUACAACGUACAAUAUCCACGUGAGAAUAUGGAGCGAUCCUAUUCUAAGACGGAGCCACAAGCCUCAAUUUUUAAAAAAAUAAACAGAAAUAAAAGAAGUUAUGAAACAGAUAAAAAAAACCAAUUGAUUAGAGAAAAAAAUAGUUGCAAUUUUGUGUUACAAAUAAAACUAGUGUAUUAUUUGUUGUGUUCAAUUGUUAUGUUAAUUUUAAUUGUGAAUAGGCGUGAGGUAAAGCGUGUAGAUGGAGUGUUAAAAAAUCAAAUAUUCAUGAAUGAUAUAUCGAAUGAUAUAUCGCGCCAUUCAGGACCUAAACUGAUCUGCAUCGCUAAUUCGUACCAUCAAGUUGACAUAACGAUCCAUUAUAGGUAGUCGCCAAAACAAUACGCCGCCGCCGUUUCGAUUUCAUUCACUCAUUUUGCAUACAAUUCGGCACCAUGAUGUCCAUUGAGAACGUAAACUGGAUCGCGUAUCUGUCAAAAUUCGCAAUUCAAAAAGAGUUACUAUUUCUCAUUGAUUACCACGAAAGAAGUCCCACAGACGUGGCGCUACUGUCGCUGAAAACAAUGACGUGGUCUAUCUGUUAUCGAUAGUUCCUAGUUUUGCCACCGAAACUCCAUCGUGGUACGGUUUUUAUGUUCCGAAGUUUGUGUUUAGUGUUAUGAUUAUGAUCGACAAAUUUGUUAGUCUAGAUUAUAUUGCAUUUAUUGUAAUUUUAAAUAUUUUAUUUUGUUGUGUUUUGUAUUUACUUUAGUCAUGUAACUAACACAAAGAUAAUAAUAUAAAUAUUAAUUUUAAGUAACAAAAAAAUUCAUAUUGUUUGCUCAAAAUGGUAAGAAUUUGAUAUCGGAACGCAACUCUUGAAACGAGAUAAAAUAUUUAUUCUUAUCUCUUUCUUACAUUUGGCUGCUGUCACUGGGAUUUACGAUUCAGGGACAAUUUUUACUUUUUUUAUGAAUUUCAUUCACUCCUUACGAUUCAAAUGCGACUUUGUUAAGAUAAGUUUGUGAUGCCAAAUAACGCGAUUCAUUUUAGAUUCCUAAACUGAACUGCCCUGCAUUUGAAUCAUUGCGUAAUAGUUAAUGGUAGGCGCCAAGGUCCCUUUUGAUUUGGACGGCCACAUGCAUAAAACAAUGGAUUUUGACGACCUCGGUGGCGCAGUGGUAAAGUGCUUGCCUCUGAACUGAGUGAUCCCCGGUCGGGUCAUGAUGGAAAAUGAUCUUUUACUGAUUGGCCCGGGUCUUGGAUGUUUAUCUAUAUAUGUAUUUGUUAUAAAAUAUAGUAUCGUUGAGUUAGUAUCCCAUAACACAAGUCUCGAACUUACUUUGGAGCUAGCUCAAUCUGUGUGAUUUGUCCUAAUAUAUUUAUUUAUUUAUAAUUUUUUUUAUACAUUCCGCUUUAACCACAAAACCCAAAUAGUCAACGUAAUCACGUAUCCGAUCAAAGACGUUUUGUCCCGCGUUUUUAAGCGCGCCCCUAGAUUCCUCACGCUUCCGCUGUUGCUGCGGUGGCGCUGUAAUCGCGUAAUGUUGCCAGCGAGGGAACCAAUAAUAGUAGCUAUGAAGGUGAGUACCAGUUGUGUUGAUUCGGACCUGCCUAGUAACAAAACUAUUUAUUACAAGGCAGCCUGUACAUCCAUAGGUCGAUGGACCACAAGCUUGUUGGGACUUGAAAUAAAAAAAGCUUUUAGUACAAAAAUAUGGUAAAAUUCUAUAUUAAAUAAAAUUGCAGAGUAGAAGAAAAAUAUGGCGCUGAUACCAACAUAACAAAGUACAAAAAAUGUUGCCACUUAAAUAUUAAUACUAUGUUCUGUUUGUAUUGAACACUCUUGACACUCCAUUUACAAAAUUAAGUGAGUUUUUACUUCUAUGGUUAAUAGAAACAAUAUAACCAGAAUGAUUUGUAAAAGAUUGAAAUUGUCUAAUUAUUACAUAAAAUUAAAUGAUUUAUUAUCAGUUAAAAACAAUAUCGCACUAAAUUGUUUGUUAUAAAAUGAUUUGUAUGUUCUUUUUAAUAUCUACGCUAAUACAAAAAUUUUCACGUUGUGUUUCUUUAUAAUUUGAUUAUUGUAAUUGGCCUAAAAAUAUAAUUAUUGUGCCCAUGUAAACGACUUUGUCUUGAUAUUGAACAGAAAAAUAUGCUUCUUUCUCUUUAACUUAAGGCCAGUGCAGACUGAAUGCGUAUCCAGUAAUUGCGUGGACAACAAAAUUAUAAGGAACUUUAACCCAUGUACAUGUGCGUAUGUACGUAUGUACCCAUACGUAUGCGUUACAAUACAACGCAACCAUUUUACAAAAGUGCUACAUUGGAGCACAUAGGCUUUUACACUAAAAAGUUAUAAUACCGAUUGGUGGUUAUCGUUGCCUCUGAACCGGGAGGUCCCGGGUUCGAUCCCCGGUCGGAUCGUGAUGGAAAAUGAGCCCGGGUCUUGGAUGUUUAUCUAUAUAUGUAUUUGUUAUAAAAUAUAGUAUCCCAUAACACAAAGUCUCGAACUUACUUUGGCAUAAGCCUUUAUACUAAAAAGUCAUAAUACAGAUUGGUGGUUAUCGUUCACUCACUCUUUUAAUUCAUUUAUUCACUCUUUUCAUUCAUUCAUUCUGUUUUUAAUGAUUGUUUACCAUUGAAUUAGUAGGUAAUCCAGGUACUUAAUAAAUACAUGUUGUUUACAUUUAUUCACGCACUCUUUUCGUUCGUUCACGCACUCCUUUCGUUCAUUCACUCACAAUUACUUCCAUUCACUCAUUUGUUCACUAAACAUUUUAUUCAUUCAUUCACUUAUUAAUAAAUUGUGAUUCCGAAUAGCAUCACUUUUUAACACUAAAUAAAGAAAUUACCACAUAUUAGUUAACCACGUCAUCAUUCAUUGUCUAAUUCGAAUCAAUCGCCUAUAAUCUAUACAUAAGAUUCUUAACUUGACCACAUUACAGAAUAAAAGCAUAUUUUUCUGGUCAAAUAUGACUUAAAGUCCGUUAAAAUGUCAAAUUAAUAGAUCCAUUCGCUCUAUGAUAAUAUUUUAGCGAAAGAGCCUGUGCGUGCCAGACCUAUGUUAUUUCAUAAAAGCCGGGAUUUUAUUUGUGUACAGUCAACAGCACAUCAAGUUACCCUCCAUGACCUAUAUGCCGCGAUAAUAGCGGCGAGUUUGCAAUGAAUUUAGAUAGAUUGAUGUGUUUGUUGACUGUACAUCUAAUUCACUAAAAGCAUACAUAAAAAUUUUGGAUCACUCUUGUACUUAACAUUUGCUAACAGAUAGCAAAAGUACCUAUAUAAAAUGGUUUGUUAACAACAAUCAAGGUAAAAUAAAUGUUAAAGUUUGCGUCAGGAGAUAUUACGCUGAUUAAAAAAAAAAUAAUAGUAUUUAAUUUGUGUAAAAUCAUUUUGAAAGGACAAUGAAUCCGAAAUCGUACGCUCCGAUGGAUUUCGGAUUUUAAAACCCACCACCAGCUCAAACAGCUAAAUAAAAUCAGAUUAGGUACAUGUUCGGAAUAAUUUUACGCUCGUCGAUAUUAAAAUACAACUUUUUAACCUGCCUUAAUCAGUUGUAUUUUAGUAGCAUUGUCUAGGGUUAACUCUGUUUCGUAGAUUGGACAGCUAUAUCUAAACUGAAACUGAAACUGAGGAUACUAAUAAAUCUAGAAAUGAAUUCAUACUUCGACGACCUCGGUGGCUGAGUGCAGCAUUUCUUGUCACUGAACCGAGAGGUCCCGGGUUCGAUCCCCGGUUGGGUCAUGAUGGAAAAUGAUCUUUUUCUGAUUGGCCCGGGUAUUGGAUGUUUAUCUAUAUAUGUAUUUGUUAUAAAAUAUAGUAUCGUUGAGUUAAUUUCCCAUAACACAAGUCUCGAACUUACUUUGGGGCUAUCUCAAUCUAUGUGAUUUGUCCUAAUAUAUAUUUAUAUAAUAGACGUUAUAUUAUGUCAAAAAUAAAUUAUAAAUAAACAUUGUCACCGGCUGACUGUAUUUAACUUUCAUAAAAUAACACAAGUCUUGGCGUUGCAGGCUCAUGGUCCAUAUUUUGGCUGUAGACCAUAGAACAGAGUGUGUGUGUUCGUAUGUGAAUUACGCCUAAUCUGAUGUAUAGUAGUUGAUUAUAAGGUUGUUGCAAUGUUUUAAUAAAAUAAACGUUUGAAAAAUUCA